AUGACAAUUACAGUGGUUCGUAAGAUCGCGGAGCAUGAGGCCAAGAUAGUCUCCCGUAGGCAGCACAUCGAUAGUAGUACUCCCUUCAGACCUUCGGGCUCGCAUCUGACAGCCAAGACGCUCGCACCCGUCUUCCUCGACCUCCUACAAGCCUCCUCGCUUGAGUAUCCCCGUGGCCUCCUGAGCACUAUGAUGAUGUCGUCUAAGGAUGUCGCACCGGCGGACGUCGCGCGAAGAAUCACAUCAGCAUCCUUGUACGAGUAUGUCGUCUCGCAUCCCGGCCGAAGUCAAUACAGCCGCAGUGGCGGAGGAGUCUCCGCUUGUGGUUUGGCAACUCUGAAUUGCGCUCGUGUCAUUUUCGAGCUGGAACGCACUGGCAUCAAGAACGCUGAAUUCAUCUGCGCGCUCGAUGUAUUACGGCCGUGUCUUUCAUGGUCGAGCCCAGUGCACCUCGAUGUUGACGAGAUACAUAAGGUGCCUAUCUUCCGCAAGACGCUCAAGAUGAUAACGUCCGACUUCGCUCAAUCCGGGCUAGAGCAGUUCAAGACAGUGCUCGGACGACUCCAAGAUAUGACCAGGAAAGGAGGGUCCAUUACCUGCGCUAUUGUUACUCGACCGCCCGAAAUCAUUGCCUGCUUCAUGAUACCGACGGAUGGUAAUGACUAUUUUGUCAUCUUCGACUCUCAUCCUCGUCCCGAUAAACACCCGCACGGCGCCGGAUUCAUUCUCAAUAACUCUUUGUCGGCUACUGCAUCGUACAUCACUAAUCUGCUCAAAUACGACGAUCGUCUCCUCUCGGACAGCACUCUGCAAUGGCAGGCACAGCUACUAGCACACUUCUCCGCUCAUAUCUUCACAUCCUCUCCUACCUCGGGUUCAGCUGCCGAGCUCACCGAGGCAACACUUCAAGCCAGUCUUGAAGUUUUGAGUCUGCGAGCACGGGUUCUGGACAUGGAGAGUCAGAACGGAUAUCUCACCACGGAUAAUGAGCGCCUCUCUGGCGAAGUGUCGCGUCUCGAGGAUGAGGUUGCCGAGCUCAAAGCGCAGGCUCGACGGGCAAGAGCGCCAUCUCAGACGCAGCUAUUUGUACAGGACAGGAGCUAUCGCAACGCCUCUCGCGCCGUCGACGUCAUCCGAGACUCUCAGUCUCAGAAGGGGAAGGGCAGGGAGGUAUAUGUUCCUUACGCCAGUACGAACGAGGUCGACAGCAAGCAAUACAUACCCCCCAGGCGGCAGAUCGAAGGGAAUUACGCCUCCAGCUCGCGUCAUGCGGGAUCAGCUUAUCAUGAUCCGAUGUACGACCGUGACUUUGCUCUGGCCGCGGCUCUACAGGCCGAGCAGAUGCCCAGUCAAGACGGAGCGUAUGCGGCGUCGAUGCAGCGUGAGUUCGAUGGUGAGGAUGCACGACUUAAGGCUCAGAUGACGACCCUCAAACACACGGCGCCGGGUAUCUUUGAGUGCGGGGUCUGUCUCGAAGAAUUCAAUGUCGAUGUCGUUGCGCGGAUAGACAUCUGCGGGCACCAGUUCUGCAGAACAUGUAUUCUAGGGCACACAGCGGCGAAGAUCGACGAACGACGAUACCCGAUCGUUUGUCCUAUUUGUAUGGCUGACAAAGGGCUCAAAAAGCAAGGAGAGAGGCAGUACGAAGUCUUUGUGGAGAUGCAGCUAGCCGCGUUCUCUGUUAUACUUCAUUGCCGCAAGUACGACAUCUCACUGCCGUUAACGUUCGAUUAUAACGCAUUUUGCUUUGCAUGGCUCCAGGCUGCAACACGCAUUUCUGCUACGUCUGUGGAGAGGCCAUUACCCAAUCAGUCUCGCGGUUGGGGAUCAAAGCUGCACUCUCUGCACACUAUCUGCGGUGUACACUAUUCGAGGAUGUUGCAUGAGAAGGUGGUGCAUGAUGGAUGCGAUAGGCCGUUUGUUAUGGGACGGAUAUAUGCAAAGGUGAUUUCGGAUGCACUCAGGUUGUCGCGAGUAACCUUUGAGACCUGGACAACUUCAUUUGUAGCGAGCAAUGAGACCGCCGACUCGGAUUAUAGAGAGGCUGAUGCGACUCCUUUUGCAUCAUGGGGCCCAGGUAGCAUCCUCUUCGGUAUAUGCAAUGUGCUCAUGUUCAGCAUGUCCACAUAUCCCGUCAAGAGCGAUUCUACAGUAGUCAAUUUGCGCAUGUCGUCCCAAGGACCUACAAGCCUCGUCUGUCGUAUCUCGCAUACGCGUUUCGACAACCGAGGCUUCAAGCUUGUGGGGGAUACAACAUCAUCUGAAUGCAAUACAGGUCUCGCUGGCCAAAUGUGA